AUGGUCGACAUCGCCAGAGCGCUAAACCGAGAGCCAAUCUUUCCAACAAAAUACUUUGGAAUGGAAUUGGGAGCUCAGACUCAAAUCGACGAGAAGAACGAUCGAUUCAUCGUCAACGGAUCUCACGACGAAGCAAAGCUCCAGGACAUUCUUGAUGGGUACAUCAAGAAAUUCGUACUUUGCUCCAAGUGCGAGAACCCAGAGACGACUCUGACUGUCAAACGAGACGACAUCAUCGAGUGCUGCAAAGCUUGUGGUCACAAGGGCCUGAUCCGCAGCAUGGCUCACUCGCUCUCCAACUUCAUCGUUCGCCAACACAAGAACAAGAAGAUCGCUGACAAGGGCGCCAAGGGAAAGAAAGGCGAGAAGGAGCAGAAGUCGACUACCAAGGACAUCUACGCCGGCGAAGGAACGGAAGAUAUUGCCAAGGCGAAAGUGAACGGAAAAGCUGCCAAGGACGAGUGGGAAGGCGAAGAAUGGGCGGAAUCUGAUUCCGAGGACGAAGAUGCUCUUGCGAGCAAGCUGUCUUUGUUGGAAAUGAAGCCGUCGACGAUGUCAAGCGAGCAGAAGGGCGAAGCGUUCGAGCUGUAUCUGCAGCAGUUGAUUGAUGAUGGUUCCCUUCCGGAGAUGAUGAAGGCAAAAGAAAAGAUCAUGCAGAUCGUGCUCAAGGCCGAGUAUUACGGGCUCAAGCAAAAAGCUUGCUUCGGUUUGUUUGAAAAGCUCAUGCCAAACGGCGAAUUCGUCCCGGCCAUGAAGAAGUACCGACCGCUUUUUGUUUUCAUCAAUCGAAACAUGGACGAGACUCCCGAUUUGAAAGCGAUGAAAUACUGCAUUUCCGCCUUGGAAGUUUUCGUCAACGAGCACAACUUGACGGAAAAGAUUGCCAUCUUCCUCAAGAUCAUGUACGACCAAGACAUUUUGGACGAGGAGGCAAUUAUCGAAUGGGGCGACUCGAAGCCAUCGAAGAAAUAUAUUUCGAAGGAGCUGAGCGCGAAGCUGAAGGAAACCUCGCGCAAAUUGAUCGACUGGCUCAAGACUGCCGAGUCGGAGUCCGAGGAAGAGUCCGACGACGAUGAUAUUGAAAUGACGGAUAAAAAGGUCGCUGGAAUUCACGAAGUCGAGGAAGAAAAGGCCCCCGCGCCCGCAGCGGCUGUUGAAGAAGAAUCCGACGAUGGCGAAGAUGUCGACAUCGAGGAUAUUUAA